UCAAUGUGCUCACCCCUUGCCAACAAUAACCACCUCACCCCUAGUCCUUGAGCUUUUUCUACAAGCCAGUGGGUGUACUUACGGAAGGUGUAGCUCUCUUUUCAUAAACCAACAUUGUGUACUAACGCCAUAUACCACCACAUUAAACAUUCAAUACUCCAUGAUGGGACUCUUUCAUUGAAGUUUCCAUAAUAACUAUACCAAAAAUGUAGUAACCGGAAGAAUUAUGACCUCUAGACUUAUACCAGCAAAAUAAUAUCCCCCACGCCGCCACUCCCUGUAUACAGGCUUUCAAAUCUCGUCGUAUAAAUGGAUCACCCUACCGCCCUACUAAUUAUCCGCCAUCAGCCAUUACCCAUCGCAAUGUCCACAAAUGCCAAGUUAGAAAGAACGAUUGCGCGCUUCGAGGCGAAAAUUGCCGAUGGCGACUACUACGAGGCGCACCAGACAAUUCGUACCAUUGCCAACCGCUACGUCCACACCGCGUCCUAUACCGAGGCCACCGAGCUCUUGUACCACACGACGUCGACUUUCAUCGCGGCCAAGAAGUUCCACGAGGCGAAUGAUUUGGUACAGUACUUGAUCGAGGUGUACGCAAAGUCACACACGCCCGUGGACCUGGUGUCCAAGUCGAAACUAAUCCAGUUGUUAUUGGGGUUGCCAGCGUCCGAGCCGUUCUGGGGUGGCUUGAAAAAGUCCAUUAUGGGCUGGUCGGUCGCCAAUGGUAGUUUGAAAUUUGGGGACGCGCAGUUGAAUCACAUUUUGGGAAUGAAGUUCUUGGAGGCUAACGACUUUGUCAACGCUGAGACUCACUUGGUGUUUGGGACCGAGGCCAGUGUCAGACCGUACGCCGAGUACUUAGCCGAAUGGGCAUUGGAGGACGCAUCCGGUAACUAUGGGGUAUAUAUGGCCAGAGCCGUUAUCAACUACCUUUCGAUCCAGAACAUCCGCUUCGUUAAGCUAGCCGUCGCCAUCUUUACCGAAGUGUUGGCCACGAAGGACAAGCCGCAGCUGAUUUCGGUGGAUGGGUUGACCGUCGUCGAAUUUUCCGACCCUUUGACUAACUUCUUGCAAUUGCUUGUGUUGGUGGUACAGGCUGGCUCUAAGGAUGCGUAUCUCAAGUUACGGACCCGGUAUCUGGCUGACGUCGGCAGAGCCAACUUGAAGCCGCUGCUAGACUACUUGGGCGAAGUUUAUUUCCAGAUCAGAGCCCCGCAGGCUGGCGGUGGUAACCCCUUUGGUAAUAUCUUAUCGGGUUUGAUGGGGAACUAACGAAACCGGCGUGACUGGCCAAGUUGCCAGUUUAUAAAUAAUUGAAUGUACAUUGUUUACUGUCUGUAAUAUGAUUUGAGUAUAAAAUGGAAAAUUGAGAUAAUCGCU